AACGACAGCUUUGUACACAGUGGUAAUGGACACUGGAAGUAAACAUAAGAUGCAAAACACGUUGUACUCCGUGAUGCAAACAAACGUGCCGCGAGAGACGACUGAACUCGCUACAUAAAGCAUUUAAGAAUUAUAAUAGAAGUUUUAUGUGAAUGUGGAUAGUUUUGUGUUUAGGCUUUCUGAAUUCAGUCGCUUUUUUGAAAACGUUGUGAAGCUUCAGAAUGUAUCAGCUUUUCUUUAAGUUAGUGUUUACUGUAGGAAGGAGGUUGUAAACGUUUCAAGAUAAAAAUUCUUUCAUUUCUCCCAGUCUAAAGCGAACAAGUAUUAUGAUCAGACUAAUACAGACACUUAUACCUAGUUUAAAUGUUUUGUCGUGUUUUGUAGGAAAAUUCUCAACCAACACUGCAAGAUAUUCAUUCAAAAAUGCAACAACAGUUAGGUUUCGCAGAUUUUCGUAUUUUGUUGCUGGCUGCUGCUUCUCGAAAAGUGGUGAAUCUGCUGUAUUAUCUGAUGCUACGUCGAAAAGUUACACCAAUGCAGUGACUGCUCAGUAUAAUUCUUUUGGAGAACUUUAUCCCUCCCACUGUGCUUCUAAUAGCCUUCAGAAUGUGAACUGUGAAACUGAAGAAUUUCCCAUGCAUUACAAACAACGUAUUGAUAGUAUUACUACGUCAAGUUUGGAAGAUAUAUCUAUUCAUCGAAACACUUGUAAGCGCCUCAGGAAUUCUGAACAAGAUGUACAUGACAUUUCGCCACCUACUGCGAGUAAGCAUCCUAAAAUAAGCAAUGAUGCGACUACUGAUAUUACUGCUGGAAACUCGGACGGCCCUAAAGUCACAGAAAGUUCUGACAUAAUCAUUCCCGUUUCACAUAGAGAACCUGGUAAUACAGACGAUAAUUACUUGAAGACCAAACAACAGAGGCCUAACUACUUUGUUGCAGUUAGAAUAUCUGAUCCAGAGAUUUGCCAAGCUGUUAAAAUAGUUCAAGAACAUAUUUUAGAAGCAGAUAAAAAAUUUGAGUCGUGCAUGAGCUUGCUGCCUACUCUUCACGUAACAUUAAUGGUGAUGCGGAUAACUGAUGAAGGCACCCAUAAAAAAGCUUUGCAAGCACUUAAGAAAGCAUCUCAAGAGCAUAAUAAUUUGAUGUGCAAAGAGCCUUUGUGCAUAGAAUUUAAAGGCUUGGGACACUUUAAUAACAGGGUAUUGUAUGCCAAAAUUACAAAUAACAAUGCAUUCGAUCGUUUAAGAUAUUUAGGUGAAUGUGUGGAAAAACAGUUUGCAGCAGCAUCAAUUGUCUCAUCUGAAAAGCGAGGAUUUGCACCGCAUCUGACAAUAGCAAAACUGAAUUUUGCAAAGAAAAAGCAUAGAAAUAUGAAAAAAAUCCAUCCUUCUUUGUAUGAAGCAUACAAAGAUAUUUACUUUGGAUGUCAGGCAGUAGAAAGCAUGCAGCUGCUUAAAAUGACAGGUCCAAAGGAUGCAACUGGAUAUUAUAGUGGAGAUGAAGUGUUUUUUACAGCUAGUUUUUAUCACCUAAAUGAGCAAGCAGAUGCAUAUGCAUGUUUCCCAUUCAAGAAUAUAGAGUGCAAGAUAAUGUGACCUUCCGUAUUCAUCAUAUUCAGCUGUUAAAGUUCUAAAAUAUUUUACUGUAUACUAUCUUAAUCUGUGAUUCUGAAGCUGGUAACAAUAAGAAAUAUUUUUAAUUUUAGUGUUGUUUAGUUAUAAAUCCUUUUCUGCUACCCUUUCUGUUUUUAUUCGUUUUUCUUUAAGAUGCACACCUUAAUUUCAGUAUGCCCAAUGAGCAAACACAGGGAAAAAAAACUUUUUUAAGUCCGAUAAAUAAGAUGCUAAAAUGUAACAAAUACUUUAUUAUGCCGAAAUUUGUUUAUUAGUGGUAUUACCUUCUGUUCAUUGAGAACUAUUUCUAAAUCACGUUCAGAAUCCGAUUCUUUUCUGACCAAGGUCUUUCAACUUCAAAUUCUCAAUUAUCCUCAAUAAAAUAAUAUAUUAUUCUACUGAUCUCAUAUAUAAUAAUAAUUAAUAUAAAAAAUUAUUAAAUAUUGCCAGUGACAAUCUUUCUGACGAAAUCAUGCAGAAUUACCCCUCAGUUUUUCUCCCCUCAGAAUCUGCAGUAACAUAAACUUUAAAUUGAUUUGGGGGAGAAUAAAACUGUUUCCAAAUACAUAAAAAGAAAACUUUAAAGUUAAACGCUAAAUUCCUAUACAUGAAGCACAAAUAAAUAAACGAAAAAGAAACCAAAUUCUCGGUCACUGAAGGUAUGAAAAUCUGUGCACUUUAUUUUUGUCACUCUGUAUAUAUUUAUUUAAUGCAAACUCUUUUCACUUUUGUUUUGUGAAUAUUUCUAUUUUUGUCGUUGCAAAUAACUUUAUUUCAACUUGCUUUGAAACUGACUGUCAAAUUUCAAAACUAAGGAGAUGGUGGGGUAUAUUUUUUAUUCUGAACAUUGUCUUUACUUGGAGGUAUCAGUUAUCCAGAUGUUGUUUCAAGUUACUUAUUUGCAAUGCUAGGCAUGACAUAUUCGUGGAUCCACAACCUGGUUGAACAAAUGUAAAUUUCAUAUUGUAAGCAGCAAAGUUAACUAAACAGUUGUAUGCUACUAUACCACUGAAAAGAUCACUUUUCAACAAAGUGCUCUUGAUUUUGUGCAUGAUGCAAACAUUUCCAUAUAUGUAAAGACGAGCCUAUUCUGUAUAGCCCUUAUAUGCUUUGCCACAAUUCACAUAAUCCAAUCCAAAUUCGAAAAAUAGGUAGACAAGAAUUGGAAAUACUAUUACCACAUUGUAUCUGAAAAGUGCUUCAAAUUCAGCACACCUUCUGGAGAUUCCUGAUGUUUCUUCAAAAAUCACGAUUUCGGAAAGAUUUCCAUAUGAACUCCAUAUUUAAUAAUUUUUAGGUUGACCUACAGAAUAGCAUUUUUAUAAGUUUUUUUAUUUCUAGACGAGCAAAUUCAUGUAAACUACCUUUUUGAGAUAUACCGAAGUUUUAAGAUUUGGAGACCUUCACUGUUGGAAAAAAAAAUUUUCUCUCUAGUGUGCUUUGCUUUAAACAAUAAUUUAAACAUAACAGUACCAAAAUUCCUUCUCGCUUGUCUUUUGAUCAGUUCAGAAUCCAUUACUUUCAAAACUGCAAGUAUAAUGUAAUAUUCCGUAUACUUUGUUAUUUUUGAAAUUCUGAUAGUAUCUUCAAUGCAUAAUUUAUCAAAUAUUAACAUAUUUAUGUGCAUUAUACAAAUUUCCCACUUUAUAUAGCAUUUAUAAUCCUCCUCUGAACAAAUUAUCUCUGAGUAUUUGGGCACCAACAUGCUGAGCAACUGAAAUUGAAAUAUGUAUGUAUGUAUUUUUAUACAUGAACAGAAUUUUGAAAUUUUAGAUUAUAAAGCUUCAUUUUGGAGGAAAUUUCCUGUACUUGUGAAUUUGUUCAUUUUAAUCCAAUUUUUGCAUUACUUUGUAUCUUUACUGUAAUGGAUUGUUUAACAUUCAAUAUAUUUUGACAAUGUAUUUAUAAGAUUACUGAGUAAAUAAUUUUUAAUGCUGCACUUACAUUAUUCGCCAAAAAUCUUCGUAAUCCUUCACUGUAAUUGAUUGUCUAUUGUUUAACAUUUAAUGCUCAACUUUUUAACAUAUGUCACAUGAUAGAAAUCAGUACUGCAGAAAUCAGUUUUAAUUAGGAUAACCUCAAGACUCAAAUUUGUAAGUUUAGUAAGAGAAAAAUUCCAAUGAGGUUAGAUAUUAUUAAAUAAUCAGAUUCAAUCUCUGGGCUGAAGACCUAAAAUAUCAACCUUUAAUUUUUUCAUAAACAUAUAUUAAUACAAUUUUGCAUU